AUGUCCGGUAGCCGCCAAAUCUACGCGCGCAGUGCGCAACAUCUUUCUCUCUGGAGAGGACGUCCCGCCAAGUCGCAGUCAUUCUUUCCAUGCAUUCCGAGGUCAAUUCGUACUCUGCAAAACACGGUGUUUAGGGACUACGCCACGUCUACACAGACAGCGCGACCUCAUCACCCCAACCCAGGCAACUUUGCGAAUCGUCCCAAGGAAGAGCUCAGAGAAAUUGGCAGAAAGGGAGGCCAGAAAGGAGGUCGAGCUACGGGUGUCGGUGGGUUUCACGACAUGGAUCCAGAGAAGCAGCGCGAGAUAGCGUCGAAAGGUGGACGGGCUUCACGUCGUUCCUCAGGGGAGGGAAAGGCUGCUGGCGAAGGAGGUCGGAAGAGAGGAAGGCUGAGCAAGGGGCCAAGUUCUCUAGAGGACUAUGAGGACAUCAUUGUGUGA